UUUUGCCCAACACUGUCGGAACAUGCGGCGUUCGUCGAUGGCGUCAGCUUCGUCGGAACCUAGCCCAGAGCCGCGGCCAUCACGUCCAAGCGACGACCAGAAGAGGAUGCUGGAAGCAUUAUCCAACCAGGUGGAGCUUCUGCAGCAGCGGGAUCUGCAUCAACACAGCGAGCUUGAUCGGUUGCGAAGGUUGGUAGGAGGCGAGUCUACUGUUGCGCCAUCUUCUCCGUACCAAUCGCCACCUCCAAAGACUUCCAUGCGAGCCGACCAACACAUCGAUGAAAUCGAAGCACUCCGACGCGAAAAGCGAGACUUGCAGCUGCACAAUUGCGAGUUGGAGGUCCAGAUCCAAGACGCGGCCCACAGCAUCGAGGGGUUCAGCGCCGCGAUCGAAAAGCUCGAGGAUGGGUACAAGACGAAGGAGGAAACGUGGAAGCGCCAGAUCGCCGACCUCCAGCAGGAAUGCGACGGUCUCGCACGCACGAACCGUCAACUCCAGGACAAAGUCGCCCAGGGUGACCAUGUCAAGGACAAGUUGUCGAAGAAGGAGCAGGCUCUGGCCGACCUCCGCGCUCAGUUUGACGCGUUCAAGGUGCACGUGACCGAGUCGACGCAAGAUAGAAAGGUGCUUGAGACGACCCAGGAGUCGCUGCGGGCCACCCAGGGUGCCCUGGACAAGGCGGAAGCGAUGAACGCGUCGCUGACAUCGAAACUGGACGCGUUGAAGGCCCAGCACCGCGAAACCAGCCGUGCGUUGGACGCCAAGACGCGCCAGCUGACCCAGCUCGACGCCACAAGCCGCCCGCAAGGCCAAUCGGUGCUGGUUCGAACGCUGCGGGACGAAGUUCGUCUACUCAAAGGCACGCUCGAAGCUCAAUUCCGCGAUGAAAGGUCUGCGUUGCAGCAGCGCAUUCAAUCGCUGGAGCACCAAGUGUCGUCGUUGCAAGCGUCAUGUCGGCAGAAGGACGAUUCGAUCAUGGCAUUGCACUCGGAAGCGAUGGAGCGGGACGGCGAGCUCGGCGCCAUGGCCGAUGCCAAGCGGUUGGGGGACGCCAAGGCGGAGCGGCUCGAGCGCGAGCUGGCCGCCCUACACGUCGACAUGGAGCAGCUAGUGGAAUGCCGCGGGUUUCUCGGCGAUAACAUUGAGACUGGAUUCAAAGAGUUGCUGCUUCAAGAUGGAAACACGGAUGCGUUGGAGCGUGAAUUGGCCGAUGUCAAAGCCCAGAUGCACCAAGUGCAACACGAGUGCGAUUCGUUGCGGGCAGACGUCGCGAGUCUUCGCGACAUGAACGAACAGCUGCGCCACAAGCGCGCCGAGUGUCAAGCGCAGGUCGCCGCCUCGGAAACGGAAGCCAUGACGUGGCGCGCCGACGCGCAGCGCUUGCCAGCGUUGCUCGCCGAGAAAACCGACUGGGAACGCGCUCGUGAGCAACUGGAGGCUACGAUUCGAGGCUUGCAAGACCAGUUGCAAGCCAUGUGUGACAAGGUGGCCGCCACAGCAGAUUACGACACGCUCGUGGCCAAGUUACAACAAGCCCAAGAACGACUCGAUACGUGGCAGCAUGCCUCUGAUGACCGGAAAGCCAGAGAAAAACAGAUGAAGCAGUUGAUGCAGCGGCUGGAAUCGAUUGGGAAUCGAAACGGCGAACUGGAUGCGGCACUGCAGCGCGCGCUGGCUCAAUCCAAGCAAGAUCAUGUCGAUAUGGUGGCGCUGCGUGCUCGAUUGAAAGCGUCAAAGGACAAGGUCGCUCGAUUCGAUGAGAUGCAGCAGACUGUAUGUGCUGCCCAAGACAAGCUGCGCGACGCCGUCACAAUCAAGCACAUGCUAAAGCAACAAGUGGAUACCCUCAAGCGGCAAGUAGAUGAACUCCACCACGACCACGCGCGGCAGAACCAAGAUGGCAAGCAAUGGCAACGACAAGUGGAACACAUGCAGUCUAUCAUGGAAGGCCACACCAAGGAGCUGGUGGGGGAGAUCGAAUCAUUGCAGCGGCAGGUGGCCAAAGCAACGAAAAAGACCGACGCUGCUGUCGACGCGCGGCGAAAUUUGGAGCUCAAAGUGCACGAGCAGAAUGCGACCAUUGCCAAGCUGCACCAGGCUGUCCGAUCUGCGACGACGUUGAGCCCGAAGACUUCGGGGACGACGCAGGGGGGGCUGUCGCCGUCGCGAAGGCGGCGAGAGGCGGCGGGGCGGACGGAGGAAGCAGAGGACGACAACCAGCGGACAUGUCGAGGCGCGAUGUUUGAACCUGACGGGGAAAUGGCAGACAAAACACUCGAUAGGCGGCUGGCGCCCAACCCUGCAGACGAGAUGGAAUCGCUCUUGAGAAAACUCGAGCGGAUAUCGCAGCAAUACAAAUAGCACGUUGGCUGUUCGUAGGAUGAUAUACAAUAGAAACACACCGGAGUUUGCCACGUCAUAUACUUGCUGUUGGUAACACAUGUGGA